UACAUAACCAUGACCUUGAUCGAAAUAGUGAAUUAUGUCUGAUUGUUUUUAAAUUUUCAAAUUGAAAUUCUUUUCUACAAUCUGAAAACAAGAGUGGGGCCUGAAGUGGCCAUAUUUUACGGGCCAGAGUUCAGUCGAAUCAUAAUUAAAUAUUCAAUUUUCGUAGUCGUGUUAUCAAGUCAGUUCAAAUUAGUUGAACCAGUGGUUGCGUGAGGUCAACGAAACAUUAAAAUUGCAUCAUGGUUAAUGUGGAGGUUUUCACUGUUUCAAACAGAAGUUUAGGAAAAGUGGAUAUAUCCGAAUCAUCCACUGUCAAAGAACUGAAGUCAAAAAUUACUAAUAUAUCCAAAAUUUCUAUAGAAAGGCAGUCAGUUCGCCAAGAAGCAAGAGGAAAGGAUUUAAAUGAUACCAUUAAAAUUGAAAGUCUGAAAUUGGGAAGCCCUGCAAAAAUUUUUGUUAAAGAUUUAGGUCCGCAAGUAGGUUGGAGCACUGUUUUUCUUGCUGAAUAUGCCGGACCUAUAGCUGUUUAUGCCUUAGUAGCUGCCAGUAAUGGCAUUUUACAUAGUUCCUUACCAACAAGGCAAUCUUCACUCAUGUCCAGUUUAAUUUAUUGGGCUUGGGUCAUACACUAUGCCAAGAGAAUAUUAGAAACUAUUUUUGUACAUAGAUUUUCCCAUAGUACAAUGCCUAUAAGGAAUCUUUUCAAAAAUUGUACCUAUUAUUGGGGAUUUGCAUUUUACGUAGCCUACCAUGUCAAUCAUCCUUUAUGGACAGAGCCUCCUGUAGUUAUUUCAUAUCUUGGAUUUGCUAUGUGGACUAUUUGCGAGUUGGGCAAUUUGAGUGUGCAUUUAUUAUUGAGGGAUCUCAGACCAGCUGGUAGUACAGUAAGAAAAAUUCCAUUCCCAAAUGGAAAUCCUUUGACAAAUUUAUUUGAUCUCGUUUCUUGUCCUAAUUACACUUAUGAAGUAGGAGCUUGGUUAGGCUAUACCUUAAUGAGUGGAUGCUUGCCAGCUCUUUUAUUCACUUUGGCUGGGUUCUAUCAAAUGGCUGUGUGGGCUCUUGGAAAACACAGGAAUUACAAGAGAGAAUUUCAAGACUAUCCCAAGAAGAGGAAAGCAAUCAUUCCAUUUGUUCUAUAAUUUUCAUUAUAUAAUGGUUUGGGUUAAAGUUAAAAAUUUUUGUUACUUGUUCAAGUUUAUUUAAAUAAAGAUUUCUAGGUAUUCA